AAGCCCCUUUUCCACAAAUCUGGCCCCUGGGUAUUCAGUCUCUACCAGGGUCUCCUUUAGAAGCACACAACUCCUCGCUACACCGACCUUUGACCUUGCAACUCUAGGCACACUCCUCAAUGCCCUUCCCUCAGUUUGCUGCACAGCCGGGCAGCCCGACCCCCGGACCCUCCUUCACCCCAGCUCCGCCCCGUCCCGGGGUUGAUCCUCUAGGGUCUGGAACGAGCCGGGCCCACCCCAGGUGGGCUGGCGCCGCAGACGAAGUGCGUGUGGUUGGCGACUUUGGAGUCCACUACCCACUCAGCGAUCCUUAAGGGCCUCCUCCGCAUCAGAUCGGUCUUAAUAUCGGGCACAAGCAUCAGCUCUACAUUUAGGGUCUUGUCAUUCCAAACGCCUCGAAUCUGCCAAGAUGCCAGGGCCUGGCUCCAGCCGGGCGACCAGUUCUUGGAGAAAAAACUUCAUUUCCCAAGAGGCUUCGCGCCUGCGGGGUCGCAGGGCACCAUAGAAAAUGCAGUCCCCUUUGGGCGAGAGGCUCCUUUCGGGAUCGCGCAAUGCAUGCGGGGAAGCGCAUCCCGGAAGUAAGGAGGCCAACGGGAAAAGACCGGAAGAGGGUGAGGAGACGCCCCUCUCUUGCUACGGUGGCCUGAAGGGAGCGAGGAAUUCGGUGCCGGCCAAUUGAUCGCUUCUGGGACGCGCAGUCGCGAUGUCUUUCAAGAGAGAAGGAGACGACUGGAGUCAACUCAGUGUGCUCAAAAAACGAAGAGUCGGGGACUUGCUGGCCAGCUACAUCCCGGAGGAUGAGGCGCUGAUGCUGCGGGACGGACGCUUUGCUUGCGCCAUCUGUCCUCACCGGCCUGUACUGGACACCCUGGCCAUGCUGACUGCCCACCGUGCGGGGAAGAAACAUCUGUCCAGCCUGCAGGGUUUUUAUGGCAAGAAGCAGCCAGGAAAGGGAAUGGAGCAGAAUCCAAGACAGCAGAAUGAACUGAGGCGGGAGGAGACCAAAGCUGAGGCUCCUCUGCUGGCCCAGACUCGAUUUAUCACUCACAGUGCUCUGCACAGAGCCCCCCAUUAUAACAGUUGCUGCCGCCGGAAGUACAGACCAGAAGCCCCUGGUCCCUCUGUCGCCCAUUCCCCUUUUCCACCCCCAGAGGUUGAACUCCAGAGUGGGAAGAUUAGCAGAGAAUCUGAGCCUGAAGCUGGCCUACAGGCCAAGAAAUCAGCAACUGUCCCAGCCCCUGCACCCAUGAGCCCCACGAGAAGACGAGCCCUGGAGCGUUACCUCACCCUUCGAAGCUCUGGAUGGAUCCCAGAUGGACAGGGUCGAUGGGUGAAAGAUGAGAAUGUUGAGUUUGACUCUGAUGAGGAGGAACCCCCUGAUCUCCCCUUGGACUGACACCCUCUUUCCCCGUUCAGUUCACAAAUAAACUGCAGCAGGCGCUG